AUGGGAAUGUCCGUCUCCAUGACCCUGCUGCAUGUGCUGGGGGCGAUUGCUGGCGUUGUAUCUCAUCAGUGCUAUUUUCGACGCGGGGAACACCACCUGUACCCUUUUACGUAUGUGCGAUGGUACGCAUUCAUCAUUACCUCGACCACGGUGGUUAUGCGUUUCGUCGGGGGUGUCUCUCUCUACGACUCAGCGAAGGCCACGGGAGGAUGGACCGUUACCUACUUUGUGGGCCUCUACAUCUCGCUGCUUCUCUAUCGCGUCCAGUUCCACCCUCUUCAUGGGUUUCCUGGUCCGUACGGCGCAAGGAUCUCGGGCCUGUGGUUCUCAAUGGGCCUGCGAGAUCGACCGGGGUUUCAGAAACUCCAGGACCUUCACAACCAAUACGGACCUAUUGUGCGUGUUGGGCCCUCGGAGCUCUCCAUCGUCUAUCCAGAGGCAGUCGGAAUCAUCUACGGACACCAAUCGCGCUGUUCUAAGAGCACCUUCUAUGACAAUGGGCAUCCGAUGAGAUCGCUGCACUCGUAUCGACACCGAGCAGACCACGACCAACGCCGCCGCACCUGGAGCACUGGGUUUGGCGAUCGGGCCCUCAGAGGGUACGAGACCCGCGUCCGUGAGUAUCGCCAGAAGCUGUUUACGCGGCUGAACGAUGCCGUCGGCCUGACGGUCAAUAUCAGCGACUGGUUCAACUUCUACAGCUACGAUGUCAUGGGCGAUUUAGCCUUUGGCCGCAGCUUUAACAUGCUCGACACCCAUAGUAACCAUUGGGCUAUCCAGGUACUCCUGGACGGCAUUGUGCUCUAUAAAUACUACGUGCCGUCCUGGGUCCUCCGGUGCUUCGUCACUCUGCCUUCUCUCUCCAAGAACUGGCAUAGGUUCGUUGAAUUUACCACACAGAAGUUGGUACACCGGAUGAAUGAUAAGGUGGAGAUACCGGACAUUUGCGCAUCGUUACUGGCCCCGUUGAAUGGCCGCAGCCCUACUACCGACGAACUCAACCUAUUGAUGGGCGACUCCAUGUUAGUCGUUACAGCUGGCAGUGAUACCACGGCAACAGCCCUCACGAGUGUCGUGUACGAGCUGGCCCGGCAUCCAGAAGAAGUGGACGUGCUCCGGGCUGAGCUUCUGGCAAUCGACGCCGAUGCGAAUGGCGAGUACCUACACGACGAAAUUUCCAAGCUGCCUCACCUGAACGGGUUCAUCAACGAGACCCUUCGGCUGCAUCCGCCGGUUCCAUCGAUCAUCCCACGUAAAACCCCCGCGGACGGAAUCCAUGUUAACGGCAAGCACAUUCCGGGAGGCAUGACCGUAUUCUGCCCCCAGUGGGUCAUUGGACGCUCGGACGCAGCAUUCAUGGCGCCACUGUCCUUCAACCCCGAGCGCUGGUACAAGUACCCAGACUUGAUAAAAGAUCGAUCGGCGUAUGCCCCCUUCUUGACCGGCCCAUACAGCUGCAUUGGAAAACCACUUGCCCUGAUGAAUAUCCGCACGACCAUAGCUCGCCUCAUUACGACCUUUGACAUCCGCUUCCCCGCGGGCGAGGAUGGCACACGCUUGAUGGAGAAUAUAGAGGACCACUUCUCGAUGGGCAUCGAGAGGAUGCCCGUCGUGCUCACCAAGCGCCGUGGGUAG